UAAAAUCCUUCUUGCAUUUCUAUUUUUAUUAUUGUUCUUCUCUCAAUGAAAUUUGCAGAGAAAUAUCCACAUUCUUUCCCUUUUAUCUUCUUCAAAAACCUGAUCUUUCCCCGAAUUUUAGUCAAAAUUAGAAAUUUUCUUCUAUUUGCAGUACCUUGAUUUGGUAAUGAGGAGCCUGAAACCUUGAAUUAGAACCUUGGAAGUUAAUUUCAUCAAAUUAUUACCCAAAAAUCCAUUUUUUUACAAGAAAAGAACCGUAUAAUUUCCCAGAUCCAUCUUCAUAUAAUUCCAAUUCCCUUCUAAUUUUCAAAACCCAGCGUUUUUCAAGAUACCCAAAUCCUCAAAACGCCUGAAAAAUGAAAACCAAUUCGAGAUUCUUCACGAUCGGGCUAGUAACAUCCUGGUACUCAUCCAACAUUGGUGUCUUGUUGUUGAACAAAUAUUUACUGAGCAAUUACGGCUUCAAAUACCCAAUCUUCUUGACCAUGUGUCACAUGACGGCUUGUUCUUUGUUGAGCUACAUCGCCAUUGCAUGGAUGAAGAUGGUCCCCAUGCAGACGAUUCGAUCCCGGGUUCAGUUCCUGAAGAUCUCGGCCUUGAGUAUGGUCUUUUGUGUGUCGGUUGUGUUUGGGAACAUCUCUUUAAGGUUCCUCCCGGUGAGUUUUAACCAGGCCAUCGGCGCUACGACGCCGUUCUUCACGGCGGUUUUCGCUUACUUGAUGACGUUGAAGAGGGAGGCUUGGCUUACUUAUGUUACCCUCAUCCCUGUUGUUACUGGGGUCAUCAUUGCUAGUGGGGGUGAACCGAGUUUCCAUCUAUUUGGUUUCAUCAUGUGCAUUGCAGCUACUGCUGCAAGAGCUCUCAAAUCUGUUUUACAAGGAAUUUUACUUUCUUCCGAAGGCGAGAAGCUGAAUUCCAUGAACCUCCUCCUCUACAUGGCUCCCAUAGCUGUUGUAUUUCUACUCCAGGCAACGCUCAUUAUGGAAGAAAAUGUGGUCGGUAUUACCGUUGCCCUUGCCAGAGAUGACGUCAAGAUCGUUUGGUAUCUAAUAUUCAAUUCAGCGCUUGCGUACUUUGUGAAUUUGACCAACUUUUUGGUCACGAAACACACCAGCGCCCUCACUUUGCAGGUUUUAGGAAAUGCAAAAGGAGCUGUAGCUGUGGUGGUUUCGAUUUUAAUUUUUAAAAAUCCAAUCUCUGUUACCGGAAUGCUCGGCUAUACUCUCACAGUAUCUGGGGUCAUACUCUACAGCGAAGCCAAGAAACGAAACAGAUGAGGCCAUCAUCGGGGAACACGAUACGUGCGUGAACGGUCAUAAAUUUCGUUUCCAUUUUCGCAAAGAACAUCAACAAUGUUCAAAGAAGAAAGUUACGGCAAUGCGGUAGCGAAUGAUGACAUUGAUUUUUCACCUUAGAUUCUUUUAAAUUUUCCCUGGAAAAUUCGGGAAACCGGUUUUUCUUCUUUAUCGGCUCGGCUGCCGGACUAAUCGAGCAUUCGGAAACUCAAAUAAGUGACUUAUUUGGUCUCAUUUUUAUGUUUUUUUAUUCAUUCAGGAAAAAGAAAAGGUUGUAGAAUUGAUCUUUACAGUUACACAGAUUUAUCUGUUAUUAACAUUUCUAAUAUUGAUUAUUAAUGAAAAAACCUCAUAAUUGUAC